CUUAACUGCUUUGUAGUAUUUUUAGGCCUGUUAUUCUGGGGCCUGUCCUGGCAGGCCACUGGGAGAGUAUAUAAGCCUCCCCCUGCAUGUGGGGACCACUGAGAACACACAGUGGAAACAUCUCCGCCGACACUCCGGCAAAACAUCCAGCAGGCAUUUUAAAUCCUCUCAGGGGCGCCAUGCUUCCAGCAUAAUGUCGGCUACAGUUGCAUCUCAGAAGUUCUCCUUCCCCUUCUCCUGUGCUGCACGCCUUUCCCAGCAAGAUGAGGUGACGCAGGCGGGAUGCGUUCAGGUGAAGGCCCUGGCCCUUCACGACCUUCAGGAGAAGACAAUCUUAAGCAGCCCUGUUGCAGUUAUAGGUGCUCUGGUGCACGGUGAGAACCAGGGUAAAGAGAGUCCAAAGCCUCUUCCUAAAGGGGAGAACUUUGCAGCCGCCCAGGUCCUGAUCCGUGCUGAAUCCUCCCAGAGUGCCGUGCUGUCCAGGCAGAGUGUGUUUGAGAAGCUGCUGGUGGAAAGUGAAGACCAGCGUCCCGCUGCGAAGAGGCAGCUGUCGUCCGAGAGCGCAGCCAGGACCAUCACAGUGGUGAAGAAGAGCGCGGUGAGGCAGGAGGCCGAAGAGCCGAGGCGCCUGAAACCAAAGUCAUUCACGGGUCAGAGGGUGUCACUGUGCGCCGGGGCGGCAGGGAAGAGGAGGCGUCGAAAGGACCUCUUCACCAGCUCUGAGGUCUUCCACCGGGUGGAUUCACACGUCAUCAGGACCGGAGCAGAGCUGAAGGAAAAGCGCGUCCAUGAUGUAAAGGUGAUCGUACAGAGCAUCACACAGGGAGCGAGGAGCGAGCUGGAGAGGCUUCGUGCCAUCUGGGUCUGGCUGUGCCACAACAUCGAGUACGAUGUGGGCGGAUACCUCGGACACUCGGAGAAGCUGAGCUCUCCAGAGGAGGUGAUCGCAGCCGGGCGGGGUGUGUGCUGCGGCUACUCCAGCCUCUGUACGGAGAUGUGCAGAGAGGUGGGCAUCGAGUGUCAGGAAGUGCCAGGCCACAGUAAGGGCAUCGGGUACCGCCAGGGCCAGAGCCUCCAGAAUGUGAAAUCCGAUCACCUGUGGAACGCCGUGCUCCUGGGAGGACAGUGGUUCCUGUUGGACGCCUGCUGGGGAGCAGGACGAGUGGACAUGGAGCACGAGAGUUUCGUCAAAAGGUUCGAUGAUUUCUAUUUCCUAACGGACCCAGAGGAGUUCAUAGAUUCACACUUCCCCGAUGAGGACAAAUGGCAGCUCCUGGACGUGCCCAUCAGCCUGGAGGAGUUUGAGAGGAGAGUCUUCAAGACCUCAGCCUUCUUCACCAUGGGGCUCCGGCUGAUUCAGCCGCAUCACUGUUACAUCAUCACAGAUGACGGCGAGGCAAACGUGUCCCUCGGCUUCUCCAGGCCGACAACUUUUACCCACGAGAUCACACAGCACCAGGAUCUUCUCCACUGUGGAGCUUCAGAGCAGAGAGAGUCCGGAAACUCCUCCUACGGCCUCCUGACGGUCUCGCAUCGGAACAUGAAGCUGCAGCUCCUGCCGCCCGCCACCGGCGUGUAUGACGUGAAGAUCUUCGCCAGACCUGAAGCGGCCACCACGCCUCUGAUCUGGGUCUGCUCCUUCACAGUCGAGUGUCCGAUCCCCAGGGCCAUGGAGGAGAUCCCGGAGAACCCCUUCUUGUCGUGGGGGCUGCAGCCCGUCGCAGGAUCUCUGGGCGUCGGGGGCAGCAGCCAGGGCAGCGAGGUGGCCGAGGUGGAAGAAGGCGUUUUUGAACUGGCGUUGAAGACAUCCAGGCCUCUGAUGAUGCUGUGUGAGCUGGUGCACCCACAGCUGGAGGCUGCUGUGGCCAAGCGGUGCCUGGUCACUCAGAUUCAACCGAAUGUCCUCACCUGCCACGUCCUGUGCCCCCUGCGAGGCUUCUACCGGCUGUCAGUGUUCGUGCGGGACCACGAGAAAACGGAAGUCAAGUUCCAGAAUGCUGCCAACUUCCUGCUGCACUGCAAAGGGAAGGUGGUCAGUCCGGAUGAGCUCUUCCCUCCUAACCUCGGUUCCGCAUGUGGGCCCGGAACCCGCACGACAGAGGCGGGACUGUCCAAGUUCAGCCACACGACAGCGCUGGUGAGCACCCAGCAAGGCAAGUGUAACAUCACCUUCCACAACCAGCGCGACCUGGAGCUCCACACCGUGCUCAGCAGAGACGAGAACAAAAUGGCAGCCCUCCCACUCUCACGCUACCUCUUCUGCACGUACACAGACAGCAAGGUGACGGUGAGCGUCAGUCUCCCCGAUCCUGGGGUGUAUCGCCUGGGCCUGUAUGCCAAGCUAGCCCCCGGUGGAGAUUUCAACCCCAUGUGUGACUUUGUUCUGAGGAACAGCUGCGAUCAGCCGGGGCCUCCGUUCCCCUGCGUCUACGCCGCCUGGAGGAAAGGCUGCGUGCUCUUUGAGCCCCGUGCGGGCCUGCUGGAGCCCCUCUCCUGGGUCCGCUUCAGGGUGAGGAUCCCCGGGGCCCAGAGGGUGAGCGUGGUGGGAGAGACGAGAACUGAUCUGAAACUGAACAAGAGCAGAGUCUGGGAGGGCGACGUUUCCACAGGAAACGGUCUCCAACAACUGAAACUGGCCGCCGCCUCGGGGGAGUCCAGUGACAUGGACGUCCUGAUGACCUUUGACGUCAAGCAGUUGGAGAGAGAAGUGUGAAAACUCGAGGCCAGUGGAGAGCAGAUGGAUCAGCGUCUCAAUAUAGCUGUUAAUUGCCUUCUGAUGUUAUUGAUACGGACUGAUGAAAAUCAGACAUGGGGUCGAACAUUUCUGCACAUAAUUCAAACUGUGAUCCGUUAUCCUUCAGGGUUGAACUGCAUCAUCAUCAUCAUCAUCAUCAUCAUCAUACAGAUGGAGUCAGGUUACUGCCAGUCGUUUCUAAAGGUGUAUAAAAUUGAAUUUGAAAUAUGAUCCUGUGAAUUUGUGAACUUUGUAGCAAUGAAUUGAUAGAAAUGUGUUGCCCGACUCUUUGAUCCAGGCAGCCUCAAGUACAAAAAGAUGAUCGACAGUGGUGCUCAGCUAUGGUGCUUAGCGGUGAUAUCGUACUGAUCAAGAGUGCAUUAGUGCGUUGCUGUUACGUAAUACGGAGUAAAUCUGCAAUAUGAAAUGAUGCUCUGCAAAAGAAAUAAAAAAUAAACUGUGAAA